AUGGCUUCUUCUUCUCGUCCUCAAGUAAAUUACGAUGUUUUUCUUAGUUUCAGAGGGGAGGACACUCGCAACGGGUUUACCAGCCACCUCUAUGCAGCUUUGUGUAGAAGAGAGAUUAAAACUUUCAUUGAUGAUGGGCUUAGAAUAGGAGAUCGUAUUCCAUCAUCUCUUGUGGAAGCAAUUGAAGGAUCAAAGAUUUCAAUUAUCAUUUUCUCUGAAAACUAUGCUUCUUCUAAAUGGUGCCUCGAAGAACUCGUAAAGAUCCUCGAAUGUAACAGAAAAUAUGGUCAAAUUGUGAUACCAAUUUUCUAUCAUAUAGAUCCUUCAGAUGUAAGGAAGCAAACUGGAAGUUAUGGAGCGGCAUUAGCUGAACAUGAAGUACGAUUUCAGAGGGAGAAAGAGAUGUUGCAGGGAUGGAGAUGGAGGAUUGCAUUGACGGAAGCUGCCAAUAUAUCUGGGUUUGAUUCAAAUAUUAUUAGGCCUGAAUCAAAACUUAUACAGAAAAUUAUUAAAGUUGUUAUGAAGAGAUUGAAUAAUAUGUCUUCUGGUUAUGAGAACUUGGUUGGAGUAGCAAUGAAGAUUCAAACAAUUAAAUCUUUAUUAUCUAAUGACUCGAAUAAAGUGUGCAAAGUAGGGAUUUGGGGCAUGGGCGGUAUCGGCAAAACAACUAUUGCCAAUGCAGUCUUCAACGAAAUUUCGAGUCAGUUUGAAGGUUCUUAUUUCAUUCAAAAUGUUAGGGAAGAAUCGGAGAAACGUGGACUAAUUCAGUUGCAGGAAAAACUUCUUUCUACAAUAUUAGAGGAGGAACGCCCCAAUAUAAGGCAUGCUUCCACAAUAGAAAGACUUAAGAGGAAAAAGCUUCUCUUUGUUUUUGAUGAUGUAACACAUAUACAUCAAAUAAAUGAAUUGAUUGGAGACCUUGAAAACUUGGGCACAGGAAGUCAAAUCAUUAUAACAACAAGAGAUAAACAAGUACUUGUAAGUUGUAAAGUGGAUCAUGCCAACAUAUAUGAGGUUGAAGGGUUGUAUGCUGCUGAAUCUUUUUGGCUUUUUUGUCAAUAUGCCUUCAAACAAAACCAUCCCAUCGAUAAAGAAUACACAAAGCUGUCAAAUAGAGUUCUACGUUAUGCUAAAGGUGUGCCAUUAGCUCUUACAAUUUUGGGUUCUUUUCUAUGUGAUAGGGGAAAACAUGAAUGGGAAAGUACAUUGGAAAAAUUAAAAAAUUGUCCACAUCAAGAUAUCCAAACAGUGCUUAAGAUAAGUUAUGAUGGAUUAGAUGUUGAAGAAAAGAAAUUAUUUCUAGAUAUUGCAUGCUUUUUUAAUGGAUGGAAAGAACAUGUAGUUCGUCAAUUCUCAUCAAGUAUUGGACUGACAGUACUUAUUGAUAAGGCUCUCAUAACUAUUUCAUAUGAAACUGUAAGAAUACAUGAUUUGCUUCAAGAAAUGGGCAUGGAAAUUGUUCGACAAGAAUCCUUGAAUAAACUGGGUGAACGUAGUCGAUUGUGGCUUGAUAAUAAUGUCUAUGAUGUAUUGAACAAGAACAAGGGAACUGAUAAAAUACAAGGCGUACGAUUUAAUAUGUCUGAAAUAAGAGUGACACUCUUAAAUCCUCAUGCUUUCUCAAAGAUGGAUUAUCUAAGAUUAUUGAUAGUGGAUACGUCAAACUACAAGGGCAAAUAUAAUAAUGUGCAUGGUUUUGAAGGUCUGCAAUCUGAUUUCACAGAAUUAAGAUGCCUCUUCUGGGAUUUUUAUCCAUUCCGAUCACUGCCUUCGAAAUUUUAUCCUCAGAACCUUGUUGUACUUAAAAUGCGUCACAGCAAGCUUAAACAACCAUGGACUGAUAUCAAGGAUCUUGCUAAUUUGAAAUUGAUUGACCUAAGUCACUCAAAGCAUCUAUUUGAACUUCCAGACCUCUCAGAGGCUCAAAACCUGGAGUGUUUAAUUCUAGAAGAUUGUACAAGUUUGUCUGAGAUCAUUCCUCCAACUCGGAAUCUCAAUAAACUUGUCAGUUUGAAUCUAAGAAACUGCAAAAGCCUUACCAGUCUUCCAACUGGACUUCAAUCCAAGUCUUUAAAAGAUGUUAUUCUCUCAGGCUGCUCUAAUCUCAAGACUUGUCCAAUGAUCGCAUGUAAUAUGGAACGGUUGUGUUUGGAUGGAACUGCGAUAAAAGAAUUAUCUUCUUCCAUUGAAAGUUCUUCCAGACUAGUUGAAUUGAAUCUUAAGGAUUGUUUGAGGCUUGAAAGUCUUCCAAGCAGUGUUUGUAAUUUGGAAUCUCUUCAACAACUUGAUCUUUCUGGUUUGUUAACGGUAAAGUUUGUUCUAGGGAUCCCGCACAAUAUAAAAGAGUUAAAUUUAGAAGGAACUGCGAUAAAAGAGCUGCCUUCAACAAUUGACAAUGCAUCCCGUCUUGAAAGAUUGAGUCUAAAAGAUUGUUCAAGCCUUGUGAAUCUUCCAAACGGCAUUUGUAAAUUGAAGUCUCUCAAAUAUAUUUGUAUCUCUGGUUGUUCGAAACUUGACAGAUUGCCAGAAGACAUAGGAUAUUUAGAAAGUUUGGAAACGCUUGAAGCUACUGGAAAUUCUAAGGACUGUUUAAGGCUUGAAAGUCUUCCAAGCAGCAUCCAUAAUUUAAAUCUUCGAUUUCUCAAUCUUUCUGGUUUGGUUUACCUAAAGAUCGUUCCAGAGUUCCCACGGAGGAUAGAAGAGUUAUAUUUAGAUGGAACUGCGGUAGAACAAUUGUCUUCAUCAAUUGAGAAUGCAUCCAAUCUAGUAAGAUUGAGUCUUAAAGAUUGUUCAAGCCUUAGAAGUCUUCCAAACGGUAUGUCCAAGUUGAAAUCUCUUAAAUAUAUUUGUAUCUCUGGUUGUUUAAAGCUUCAUACAUUGCCUGAAGAUAUUGGACAUUUGCAAAGUUUGGAAGUGCUGGAAGCUAAUGGAACUUCUAUAGGGAAAAUACCUUCAUCUAUGACGGGCCCGCUAUCACCAGGUCAAUCAGGUUUGCAAUUUUUAAGGAGAUUGAACUUGAAUCACUGCAGUCUUACACAGUUGCCCAAUAAUCUUGACCGGAUAUCCUUGCUCAGAGAGUUAGAAUUAGAAGGAAACAAUUUUGAGAACCUACCAGCAAGCAUCGUGAACCUUUCUAAGUUAAAGCUCCUUAACAUACGUGUUUGCAAUAGGCUUAAGUCUUUACCGAAGCUUCCGAGUAAUAUAGAAGAACUUAGGGCAGAUAAUUGCAAAAGGCUGAAAGCAAUUUCAGGUUUGAAAAAUCUUAAUCAAAGACAUUGCGGAAGGAAACUCAGCUUCCCUAAUUGCGUCAGUCUGAAUUGGAAUGCAGUCAGAGACAUAUUUCAUGAUGCUGCAUUGGAUUUGUACUCAGAUGAAUUUGAAGUAUUCAAAUAUGAAAAGGUUGCUGGCAAGCCACAAGGUCUUAUGUGUUUCCCAGGAAGCGAAAUUCCCGAAUGGUUUAACAUUCAAAGUAGUGGAUCUGUCAUAGAGUUACCAGAAGUUUCUCGUGAAAUGCCAAAAUGA